UGUUUAUUUGUUUUUUCGUUUGUUCGUUCGGUUGUUUGUUCGUUUGUUGGUUUUUUUUUCUUUCUUUUUUUUUCCUUCUUUCUUUUGCAAUUAAACGUAGGAUACUUUCGUUCUAAAUAUCUUCAUGGUUUAGUGCUUGCUUUAGUCCUGACAGUUUUUUUUUUUCUGAGUCGAACUCUUCGUGAAAAAUGUCGAUGAAAAUUCAUGAAGACCGCACAGUCGUAUGGAUUUUGCGCGCGCGGAGAGCUGGGAGGAGUCUCAUUGCGCGGUCUGUCGUUGCUGACUAACGGCCCAGAGACAAGUCUACUCUCGUCGUUACUGCCAUCAGGUGGCAGCCGAGGACGGCAGUGAUAACAUCGCUAUCAGUAGACAUUCCACACCUUUUUAUGGAUGUAUUUGUCAAAUUGAAGCCGUGAGAUAAGAUUCACCACAAUGCUGCUUUAUGGGGCUCUACUGUAGCAAGCACUGCUGCAAGAGAAAGAACAAUGUUCCACAAACGUCCGCGCUCACAACUCCAGAAAAACUGGACUAGAAGGCAUUUAUCAACCACUUAAGAUGACAGAUGUUCGUAGCAAGAACAACACAUCAACCACAUCAGUUCACAGAUGUUCAUCCCAGAAAGGUAACGCAGUCCUGCAAGGACCAGCGCUGAUGGCUUAGUUCUACUCACAAAAGCUUCUUCCAAAGCAAAUCUUUGCGCUCACAAAGGUUUGUGUUGAACCGCCCAAGCAAGAAAAAAAGAAUUUUUUUCCCAAAAGGGCAGACAACUUUGAUAAUGAAUAACAAUCAUCGUCUGUUUGUCGUGCUUAUCGUCGGCACCGUCCUUUUGCUGCUAGUGUUCUCCGUCUUGACGAGCAAUAUGUCAACAGGACUGCUUCACUUCGGCGAGCCCCGCAAGUUCUUCUCCAUGGUGUGGAGCAGAGGAGGAGAGAGGAACGACUCCAUCGCGGCCCAGGACAACGACACGACCACCACACCUUCCCACGUCAAGACUGUUUUCAAGAUGGCGACUGCCUGGCUCAACAUCAGUGCUGUUCCGCAUCUACGGUUGGAGGCGCCACCUACCGAAAUAGGAAGUCCUCGCUGGCAACGGCUGGACAACGGCAGCGAAGCCCUGGUGUACGCAGCUCACUACGAUGAUGUCGAAGACCUGCCUGUCAUCAGGAUCGUCGGCAUUGCCAGAGUCCCGCUGCCCUACGAAAACGUCACGUGCCUCUACUUCGGCGAACGAGGGCUCGACGACUUCCGGUUCCGGGAUCAGGGGAGGCUUUACCACUUCCGUGGUAAAAACGGUAGAAAAUACAUCGGGUCUUUUGUGGACUGCCCGCUUCGCAAGGGAGACAACGAUCGGCCUUUCGCGGUCUCUGUUACAAAGGGAAACGACUCCAUUUUAGAAAAUUACCUUCCCAUCCACUACAGUUGUGAGGAAUCUUGCACUAACAUUACCCAGGGUUCUACCCACAGCUCAAACGACCGUAAAGUUCAAAGGUCAUCUGAGAAGCUGCCUCGCUGGAACAUCACCCGGUGCUUCCCGGCGUUCUUUGGGAAGUUCGAUGACCAGAAACAUCUGGUGGAGAUGGCGGCAGCUAGCCUCGUUCUCGGAGUGGACAAAUUCGUCUUUUACGUCGAGUCCGUUGGUCCCAACGUCAGUGCAGCAUUAAGGGCUUUACAAAAGCUCGGGGUAGCGGAAGUUCUACCCUGGAACAUGCACUGGAGAGAUCCGGUGGUGUAUUACAUGGCUCAGUUUAGUGCCAUCCAGGACUGCCUGUACCGCCAUCUGCACUCCUCCCGCUUCCUCCUCUUUGGUGACGUGGACGAGGUGUUCGUGCCGAGAAACGAGUCGUCGCUGUUGCCUCUCAUCCAGCAAUACUUCGCUGCGAAACCAGAAUGCGGUGCCUUUCUCUUCCUAAACACCUUCUACUACCUCACCCUGGCCACAGCAGCCCCACCAACCAACCGCUCCGACAUCGUUAAAGACAUCUGGAGAAGGCAUAUGGACAUGCUGCAACACACCAAUCGAGAGGUCAAGAUCUUUGGACCGCGUUCACGGUCCAAGCCGGCAGUGGACCCCUCUCGUGUCGAGGUGGGCAGUGUCCACGCUAAUGAGAAGUACCGAGGGAAAUUCAAGGAAUGCACGAUGGACAAGAAAGACGCCCUACUGCAUCACUACAGAGCUCAACUGGCCCAGAAGCAGGAGGUCACUACCAAUGACCCCACCUUGUGGCGCUUCGCGGAGGACAUCAUUCGAAUGACCGACACGAUCACAAGGACCAUCAGUGAAAUUGUUUAAAAAUAUAACUUUUGGGGUUCCUGUAAUAAUUUUGCAAUAUAUCUUUUAGGAAGAAAAGACCCUUUAGACAAAAGAGUGGGUUGAGGUUUAUUUUAAGGUUUUGUUUUAUGCUAGUUUAGCUAUUAUAUGCUUCUUUGUUUUCUUUUAAUGUUAUCUGAGGUCGGAACAACAUAUGCUCAGUUUCCUUUGUGACUUUUAUUUCUGAAAGACUGUCACACUGUAUUAUUGCUCCCGAUAAGGUGAUUGUUCUUCCAUAUCAUGCGAGUCUGUUGAAAAACUUUCUGUUAGUCCUGUCCUUUGUUUUGCGGGAUAUUGAUGGAAGUGUUGUUUGUAAAUCAGUCUGGAGAAUACCCGAGCUGUUUUAUGUCUGACUAAAAGAGUUCCCUUAUUAGGGGAGUAAACAUCCAGUCCAGUUCUUUGAAUAAUUGGUCGUAUGAAAUGUGUAAUAAAUAUGGUAUUUGUAUGUUAUGUCGAGACAAUGAUGGAAUUCUGUUAGAAUUUCUUGUGGUGGAAAAUGAGUAGAGGGUUCCUACGAUCCGUUCUAAAAAUCUGUGUAGGAAGGCGUUUGGUUCAGUAGCUCUACACUGCCGCCAUUUGUUUGAUAAAAUCGGUGAAUAUUCGUCCUGUCUGCCAUUUCUAUGCGACUCGGGCUGUCUGUGGGAUGGGUUAGGGUUAGGGUGGGAUGACUGCUUGAAGACGUGUUCAGUAGGGAUACGACUUCCUGCUUCUAUGGUUUUUAUAUAAGGUCUGCAAAUUGUGGUUUAAACUGUCCAUCUUUGGUGACUAUAUAUAUAUACACUCUGGAGUACACCGUCCGCUACACCUGUUGUUACCGGAUGAUAGCAUUGCUUUCAUGGGGUUCAAAUUUGUGGUGAGGUACUACUGACGAAAGAUUUAAUAAAACCCACAUUAAUCGCCUAGUUGUUUUGUUUUCUUUUUUCUUUCUUUUCCUUUUCUUUUUUUUUUUUUUUUUUUUUUUUUUUGUGGCAAGCUUUCUACUCUGAUCUAAAUCCAAAGGAAAACUACCGUUGCCGGUAGAUGGUAGACGGUAAACUCAGUGUACAUGUAAAAUUUAGAACCAUUCAGUAUUUCCGCUCAUAUUCUGAUUCAUUGCAUCGUCCCAUCCCUGACUUCUUUUCUAACCUUUUUGGAUUCUUAAAUUCAUUAUCGUCCUUUCCACCCGUCAAGCUUUGUACUUUUGUAGUCAUGUUGUUCUCGGAGUAUGUGGGCAACAUGUUUGCUGUAAAGUAACUAUCACUUUGUAAAGUAAUAUCACUUUGGUAUUAAUCGUCUUUUGACAAGUCUACUAAGCUACGUUAGGAAUCAUUGUUCACAAUGGUAUGCUUUUAUGACUAGAGCAUAUAACUACAAAGGUUAAACUGUUGUAUAUUUAAAAAUUUGUAAUCGAAUAAAAAAAAGUUGUCA